AUUGCGCUCGCUGAGCGAUUCAUUGAGGCGGGGUGGGUCGUCGAUGUACCCUGCUCUGUCGCUGAUAAAGAGAUGAAUGCGAACAUCUGAAGCUGGUCCAUUUGCACUGGUAGUCCGCGCUUGAUACUUCCACGCGAUGUGCUCUAGCCGCCUAAUGGGGGAUCUUCGAAUGUUCCUUAUCAGACUGUAGUCACUGCAGUUUCGAUGAUGAGUAGUUGGCACUUGUCGUAACGUGCAGUUUCCGUUGUUAGCUCUGGAGUCCGGCAGGCGCUGCAGUGGGUACUUAACCGCAUCAGCAAACCAUCCCAUCCCACAACCAGACACACAACGCUACCAUGCCGCGGAACUCGUACCCAAGCAGGUCGCCCGGAGCUCGCCGCCGGAGACGAGAUCCAGAAGACCAAGAACCCGCACAACGGUCUAGUUCAGCGCCGGCACCGCUAGGAUCUCCAGACCCGUCGUACACCCAUCCAACAUCCCAGGGGGAAUUUACAGUCGACGUUGGCGAGACGGCGACCGGACAGUGGAGGACCGAACUACGCUGGUCGUUCACACCACAACAAAGGUCAAACGCUAUUUCGACGGAAGGAUUAGAAGGUUCACACGAGUCGACGACCACCGAACGCCCACCGCAACGGCAAGGACCAGUGCCGGAAUGGCCGCUUCUUUCACGCGCAAGGCAAACAUACAAUCGUCUUCUUCUCGAAAAGGAACGGACCCCUUCACCGCAACCAUCUCCGCCGCGAGAGGACAUCAGAGAUCGGGAAGAUGAGGAAUAUGUACUACGACGGCUCCUCGAGAGAGCCUCACUUCGGCCACGGAGGCGGUCCUCAGAAGAAGGGAUGCCGUUACUUUUCGGGAGUCAAUAUGGUGCUCCUCUGCCACAUUCACCCGAGAGACCACCGGUCCCGGAAAACCCUGUUUACGUGAGAUUCGCUCUCUUGGGGACCGCUUGGCCAUUACUGGCAAUCUUGACGUUGGUGUAUGUACUGGUUUACAAAUUGUGAGGCGGUAGCAGGUGGCUGGUCAGUAUGAAGGGUGGAAUCACAUUGUCUGUGAACACGAGCAAGUAGGAUAUUCUUGG